CUUUUUGUAAAAAAGAAGAAAGACCUGAAAAAAAUUCUCAAGACCUAUGCAAUCACUUAAAUUAAAAGUAAACCACCAACUGCCGGGAAUUAUCAGUAAACCAACGAAAUGAGUGAAACCAAGAAGCUACUCGAUGCAUUGCUGUGCGACAUUUACGGCAAGCAGGAACAGUUGGCCAAGCGAAUGCGACGCUGCUGCAGAAAUCCUGUCCUGCGUUGUCGAUCCUCGAAGGAGAAGAAGAAAGGACAACUGGCGCAACUAGCAAGCGGUAUGGUUGGAAAUCGCUCUGCGCUGGAGCGCCUGGAUGUGCGCAAGCUGAUCGAUGUGUGUGCCAUCCUCAAAGUGGAGGUUCUGAUGCUGGGUUAUCUUCUGGAAAGGGUCCUUAUAGCCAGGGACCGUUUACAACGACAUCAGGAGGUCCUUUGCGAGUUUGUCACUGCUGUGCUCGUAGUCGAAAGCGACGAUGCACAGCCUAAAAUGCGUUUUAGCCUCUCACCACCGCCGCAGAAAGCCAUUAGCAGUUCCCGCCUAACCUCACCCACCAGCACCACCACCGCCGCCACCACCAACAGCAAAGUCAGCAGCAGCAACACCACCACAGCCCUCGGAACCGCCAGCUGCAACAAUAGAAGCCCCGGCUGCACCACCACCACCAUGCUGGCCCGCAAUGGCGGAGGCCACGGGACCAGCCCCACCGCCUCCGCAUCCUUCGGCCAGGCCCCCUCAGCCCCCUCUGCCGCCGUCGACGAUGAGGCCACCUCGGAUUACAAUCAGUGGCUGCACGCGAUGAAGCUGGUGGCCCGCCUGCCCGGAGGCACUCCGCCCGAGUUCCGACGCAAGUUGUGGCUCUCGCUGGCGGACAAGUACCUCAAGUCGAAGAACGUGGAUUGGGCGCAGCAGCGGGAGAAGUGCUUCUGCGAGGAGUGGCGCGAGGACGACGAGGAGCUGGGAAUCCAAAUCGUAAAGGAUCUGCAUCGCACUGGCUCCAAUCUGUGCACCGGCCCCGCGGGCUCCAUUAACCAGGCCAAGUUGAAGCGCAUCCUGCUCGGCUAUGCGCGCUACAACCCCGAGGUGGGCUAUUGCCAGGGCUUCAACAUGCUGGGCGCCCUCAUCCUGCAGGUGAUGGACAAGGAGGAGGAGGAGUCCAUGAAGGUCAUGAUCUAUCUGGUGGAGGGCGUCCUGCCCACGGGCUACUUCUACGGAUCGAUGGGCGGCCUGCAGGCGGACAUGGGUGUCUUCCGGGAACUGAUGCAGACCAGAUUGCCUCGCCUGGCGAAGCACCUGCAGCGGUUGCAGGGACCCGUGGAGAACGCCUUCGAACCGCCGCUGACCAACGUCUUCACCAUGCAGUGGUUCCUCACCAUGUUCUGCACCUGCCUGCCCAUGUCCUGCGUCCUGCGCGUCUGGGAUCUGGUGCUCAUCGAGGGCAGCGACGUCCUGCUGCGUACGGCUCUAGUCCUCUGGAGUUUGCUAGAAGAACGUGUGCUAAGUGUUCGAUCUGCUGAUGAGUUCUAUGGCAAGAUGGGUUCCUACUCCAGUGAGCUGCUUAAUGGACACCUAGUUGACUCCAAUGGACUUAUAGAGCGGGUGGUAAAACUAGGACCCAUUGCGGAUCUACGACAGCUAAGGGAUAAGCACCUCUACAAUAUUGCUCCUUUGCGUCACAAACAGGGAUUGCAGCUCUACUACGACGAGGAGGACACCCAUUCGGAUGAGGAGCGCAUUGCGGUGGCCACCGUUUUUGGAUUGAAUUGGGGCAGACGUGGAUCUGUGGGUCCGACGGCGGCGGUGGGAAAACAGCAGGUGGAGCAGAAGGAUCGUUUGGCACUGGAUAUAUCCCUGCUGAAGAAGCAGUAUGAUCGGUUGAGGGAACGCCAGAAGCAGGCUCAUGUCAUCCUAACCACUGCUUGUUCCACGGCAGCUCGUCAAGGAUCGAGUCCUGCGAGCAGUUCGCAAUCCUCGGUGCCAGUUAAUCAACUUCUACUCGGUCGUCCUGCCAUCGUUACCAAUAAGGGAAAACGAGUUGGAGCACCCUUGGGUGCUAUUCCUCCUGCUAGAAAGCCAUCUCUUCCUGCAGUUUUGCACACAAAACCAGCAAAUGAAAAGCAACUGCGAAGAGGGGAAACUCUUCUCUGGAGGGACACCGAUCCCAGCCGAAGACGUCGGGAUAGUUUGACCUGGAAGGAGAUCAAGGCGGAUCGAGCUGCCAUGAUGCGCGAAGGUGUUGAUGUGACCUCCAUGAAGACCCAAAAGCUGCGCACUCGUUUUGGCAGUGAUAGCUCCUCGUACAGCGAGGAUAGCGAUGGGGAUCAGGAUGUUGAAGCAGGAGGCGGAUCUAGCACGGACACCAGUCUCUGCGAUGAUGAUGAUCCAAAGUCCUUGGAAAAGAGUCCCAAGCACAAGGCGAAACUUGCUCGAAAACUCAAGGAGCAAAAGCAGUUGAGUGGAUCCAGGGAUACUAGUUUGGAACGACAGAGACCCAAAUCCUGGGCACCAAGUACCCACGAAAUACCCUUUAUGCUGAUGGGAACCGAUAGUGGUGAUGAGAAGGAGCCAGCGGUUAAGGAGGAACCUGAUACUGGAGAUCUGGCAGAAGAUAGUGCCACGGAAAGCGGUCGUUUUGGUUUCGAAAAGGAUUUAGAUUUGGUUAGCUAUAAGCUAGAGCCACUUAAACUCCCAAGUGAUACCGAAUUUCCUGACCUGACUCCUGUAAGUCCUCUAGUUACUCCAAGAGAAAAAAGCGAAGCUGAAGAAGAUUUAAUAGAAGAGCCGAAACCUUUCGAUGUCAGUGAUAAUGGGGUCACCAAUCAGUAUUUCGAGAGAGUUAAUAGUGUGGAGCGACCCAAUCGAUUGGAGUUAUCCUACUCCCUAAACGAAGAAGAAACCGACACUAAUGCUAUUUACCUAGAAGAAAGGGAAAAAGUUGAUGGUCACAGUGGAGAUCAGGAGUAUAAAUCUUUGCCCCCACUUUUCGCAAGAGAGGAGGAUGAUAGUGUACAGUUGGAAGGUAAAGUGCCUCAGAUUCGGGACGACAACAUUCCUGGUGAAAACAAGGACGACUACAAGGAACUGUUAAGCAUGACGAUAGAGGAAAAUAAAGGCUAUAAGCCACCACCCCCCACAGCCAGUAGUUUGAGUAACGCCAGUCGAAAGAGAAGAGAUCCGCGAAGAAAAACUCUUACCCGCUCAUCAACAAUCGAAAUCGAGGAACGAUAUCAGGCUCUGGAGCGAAGGAUUAGCCAGGAUCAACCGAAUGCAGAUAGGCAAUCCAAGUAUAUUCCAAGUACUGCUGCUCUAGAGGAAAGAUUUAAUACGCUCGAAAAACAAUUAAGUGCCGAAAAGCAACGGAAGGAACUGAGCGACAUGGAAACUGAUCAACCAGCUAAAUCCGAUCGAAUUCCCUCCACUGCAGAUCUCGAAACCCGCUUUAAUUCGUUGACCAAACAAAUGAGUUCCAGUGAAUCCAGUUCAAAAGCUCCAAUUGAUCUUAAAGACGAGGAACCGCCGGGUGGCAGCAGUUCCAAGGAGCAAAAGGAUAGCGAGAAAACCAGCAAGCUGCACAAAUCCGAGGAGAUUGAAUCUAAAACCAAAGAAACUACUGAGAAAACCGAAACCAGCGAUUCGAAAGAAAAAGAAAGCGAGGAAAAGGAAGCCGAGCAGCCACGCCUUAAGAAACUUCCAUCAACUGCGGAGCUUGAAGAUCGUUUUAAUGCCUUGGAACGCAAGAUGAGUGUUCAGAAGAGCAGUCCAUCCAAAACCAAGAAGGAACCCCCUGAUGAAGAGCCAUCGAGUCAGGAAACCAAGACUGCAAAAGAGCCAGAAGAGUCCGAAAAGCCUAAGGAUAGCCAGUCAAAAGAUUCUUCAGUUACUGAUCUGAAAAAACCUGAAACUAAGGAAAGUCCUGUAUCACCAAAGAAAAACCAAGAAAAGGAAAAAGACUCAAAAACAAUCGAGUCACCGAAGAUUGAAGAAAAACCAGUUAAAGAGAGUGUGAAGUCAGCAGACAACAUCCAAAAACUAGAGAAAUCACCAACAAAUAAUAAACAACAAAGCAUAAAGAAAUCCGAUUCGGAAAAAGAUGGCCAAAUAAAAGAAACGGAUUUAGAUAAAGUUGAAGCUUCCAAGAAGACGGUUUCCGAAACUGAGAAAACGAAACAGGAAAAAAGUGAUGAAACCGGAACUAAAUCAAAAGCCGAAGAGGUAAAAUCCAUAAAAAGAACAGCUGCAGAAUCUAAAAAUUCAGCAAAAAAAUCUGAUUCUGAUGCCCAACCAACCACAAAAGAAUCAGAGUCUGCAAGGACCCCAAAAAAAUCACCGCCUUCCACAGAGGAACUGGAAAAGCGUUUCAAUGCCCUGGAAAAACAGAUGAGCACUACCAAUUUGGAGACAACCAAAGAGGCUGAGCAAACAAAAUCAUCAACUAAAAAUCAAAAAGAUCCAGAAGAAAAACUACAAAAGUCUAUGAAAUCUUUCGAUGACAAGAUCAAAGAGGUAAACACAGCAAUAGAAAAAGAACAAAAUAAGGUUGAGAAGGAAGAAGCUCAGGUUAAGGUGAAAGUUACAGAAAAGAAAUCUCCCCAAAAAAUUGAAGAAUCCGAAAGAGCAGAAGAAGGUCACACAAAGGGCAAAAACCAAAGAAGAGCUUCCGAACCACCUUCCACUGAGGAUCUGGAAAAGCGCUAUGAAACCUUAAAGCGUCGCAUGAGUAGCAAAAAUCAUUUCAGCGAAACAGUUGACGAAGCUCUCGAAAGGAUUCAACAAGAGGUGAUUUCGGAGGAGGAAAAGAAACCACCUCCAUCGACGGAGGAUCUGGAGAGUCGCUUUGAGGCACUGCAUGGUGGUGAGAGGAAGAACCAACCGAAGCACGUGGACGUGGCCAUCGAAGCACAUAUUCCGGAUCCUCCGCCACCGCCUCCGCCACCGAAGGACCGUCCCGUCCUGGCCGAACCCGUUCUCCACCAGCAGCAGGCUCUGAUCGAGGAGCUGCAGAGCAAGAUGCGUGGCCAGUCACCCGGCGAGGAGAACCUCAAGCCCAGCGAGAUGAACCCGCAGAGGAAACAGAGGCAGCUCCUCCAGCGACCCACAACGAUGGGCGAUGAGACCUCGGAAGCACCUGCAAACACGGCUUACUACAGAGCGGCAAACCAUGAACCCUUUCAGCAGCGCAUGGUGCGUCGGUUCUCUGAUUUACCCUCCCGGGCCGAUCUGGAGAACCGAUUGCAGUUCCUGGAGAGGCAACUCUACAAGAAGUUCUACAAGCAGCGCUGUGCAAGUGAUUCCGAAGUUGCAUCGAAAGUCAAACUCCUGCCGCCCGACGAGCAGCCCAGCACAUCCCGUCAGGCGUCGAAGGCCUUGGAGGCCGAGGGUCAGCUGGAGAAACGUGUCCUGGCGCUGGAAAAGCAGCUGAGCGAGAAUAGCCUCAAGCUACUGGAGGCCAUGAGGGAACGCCAGAGGGCAGCAGCUCCCCAAAGCGAUGAUAGUGGUUCUCCGAGGCGAUUGAGCACCGAAACUAUCGACGCCACUGGCAAGGAACUGGUUAGAUACACCCAAAACAUCGGUGAGCUGGAGGAGGUGGAUGCCCACAAGCCCAUCAACAUCAGCAUCAACAUCAAAAUGCUGCUCAACAAGGAGGGUGAGCCCAAACAGCCGAAAGGUGACCCCAAACCCACAACCGAAGAUCUAACUCGUCGGUUGGAGCAAUUGGAGCAGCAACUGCUGGAGGAGCGGGCCAAAAAUGGCUCUAUUCCUCAUGAAAGUGAAGUUCUUGAGAAAAAACUAGAAAAAUCAGAGGAAAGUGAUGACUGCAAAAAGCAGGAAAAGAACUGCCACAAUCAGCAUGUGAAAACCGAUGAGAAAUUAGAAAAGCCUGCCGAGGAAAAAAUUAAACCAGAGACGGCAAAGGAAACCAAAACCCUGGAAAACGAAGAAAAAGCUCAGGCUCGAGCUAAAGAGGUGGUUACAGAAAAGUCCGAGAAAACCAAAGCCGAAGAGAAAGUGGUAUUUGCUGAAAAACCAGCCGAGGAGAAAGCUGUUGUAAAGCCCAAGUUUCCUGUUAAAGAAAAAUCAGACGCUUUUAAAGAUGAAGCCCCGAAAAAAACUGAAGCAAUAAAAACUGAAGUUAAAAAAGAACCAUCCUCUCAAACAAAAUCCCAACUUGCUAAAAAGGAAGAAGCCCUAACAAAAAAACAAAAAGAACUAGAACCUUCCUCUCAAGAAAAACCUGUCAAUCAAAAGGAACUUCAGCCCGAGUCCAAGAACGCUCCUUCCACAAAUAAAAAGGAAACCACAAAUGCUGAAACAAUCAAAUCAAAGGAAACCUCUUCAGCGGAAGUCACCACUAGCAAAGAAUCAGCCAAACAACUGCCAGAAAAUAAAGAAACUAGCAAAGACUCCAAAUCGAAAGAACUGCCCGAUAAAAUGGUGAUUAAUGCCACCGAUUUGGGACCAGUGGACCCGAAUAGCAAAACUGUGGUUUUGCUAAUGGACAACGAACCGAGAGCUUCGAAGGUUAGGAGGCUGACUAGAGCUAAUACCGAGGAACUGGAGGAUCUUUUCCAGGCGCUGGAGAAACAACUCAACGACCGUAACCUUAUAAAAUCCGAGGAUGGUCGACUGAUUCGAGUGGAAACCAAACCAAGUGCCGAGCAAGUUGAGCAGGCUCAGGCUAUUUGUGAUCUCACCAAGGAAAUCGAAGAUUUUACGACCGCCAAACCUGAGGAAAAAGAAAAAGCAAAGGAGGAAAUAAAAGAGGUAAAACCAGAGCCUGAAGAACCCGAAGAAGAUUACGAUUGGGGACCCAACACGGUAAAACACCACCUGAAACGCAAAACCGUCUAUCUUCCCUCCACCAAAGAGUUGGAAUCUCGUUUCCGCUCUUUGGAACGCCAAAUCAAAUUGCUAGAGGAUGUGGAAAAGAUUGAUGUGGAGCAGCGAUUGAAUGAGAUUGAAAGAAAAAUCAAACUGCAGUACUCACUUUCCCACGAAAAGGAUUUGAACAAGUACUUGGAGCUGUGCGAAGGCAAAGGUCUGGAUGAUGAGGAAAUAUUGCCAGUGGAAACUCCUACAAAGGUAGAAGAAACUACUUCGGUUAGAGAUCGCUCUCGAAGUCCUGGACGUAAGGUGGCCACCAAAUCCCCUUAUACUUCUCCGUCGCGGAAGGUUGCUACCAAAUCUCCUUAUACUUCUCCUUCGAGAAAGGAUGCCACCAGAUCGCCCUACAGUUCUCCCUCGAGGAAGUCGACCAAGUCACCUUAUACAUCGCCUUCCAGAAAUCGACAGCGAUCACCUUCUCCAACUCGCUCACCCGAAAGAAAAUCCAAGCGAAGUCCCUACACUUCACCAGCUCGUCGUAAGCCACAUCCCAAUGAUCUUCCCAUCUCCGAUGAUCUGGAAUACAAAUAUCGAGUACUCGAUUUGGUAAGAUCCAAGUCCAAGGAGAACCUUGCUAAGCGAAUGAACGACCCAAACAGAAAGCCAGCCAUUCAUCCUCUCGAAAUGAUACUAAGCCCAAGUCCGGAUGCGGAUGCAAUCCCCACAACAGGAGAACUGGAGCACAGGAUACGAGUUCUGGAUGGAAAGCUCAAGUCACCAGCUAAAACUCGAUCUAAAUCUCGCUCCCGAUCGCCGACCAUCGAAGAUAUAAAGCGUCAGAAGAUGCGGGAUGAGCAGAAGCCAAGGACUCCUGUGCACAAUCUGGAGAGGAUUGUCAGUUCUCUCGAUCGCCCGGAACCACCCACUGCCGAGGAGCUCGAGGAGCGCAUCCGCAUCCUGGAGCAGGAACACAAGUUCGACUUCAAAACCCAGAAGGACUACAAGGCAUUCAAUCAAAAGCUCAGGGACGUCAUCUCCCCUUCGCUCUCCUUCGAGGAAUUCCGGGCAGCCAAGUCCAGGGAGCAGAGUCCCCGCCGCCAUGGAGCCACAACGCCCAAGUCUGCCCUGCGUCGCGACGAUUUCGAUGAGGCGUACUCGAGUGGCGCCACCACCACCACCACCCACUACCGCCCCACCAGCCCCAAGGUGAUCCGCUUUCGGGACGAGGACCUGGACGACGAGGACCAGUUCGAGGAGGCUCCCCGCCCGAAGUCGCGGCACAACAGCGAUCGAAUGAAGACUCUUGCAGAUCAGCCGUCGGCCACUCGCAGCUACGCCAGCAGCUCGGAGGGUCUGGACGCCUUGGGAAGUCGUCUAAUGAGGGAGACCUCUCCGAUCACCCGAACUGGAACCCACACUGGAGUGCCGCUGCGAACAGGGGAGAACAUCAACGACCGGCUGAGUUCGAUCAAGAACUCGAUCAAGUCCAUCGACAGCCUGUGCGAGGAGAAGCCCUACCAGAAGGAGAAGUGCCAGCGGUACAUCGACUCGCUCUUCUCGGACUCCCUGCACUUUGCCAGCAAGAAGAGCUCCCUGGAGGACCUCAGCCUGAGCAGGAGCCUGAGUCGCAGCGAGAGUCGGGGAAGGAGCAUCCACCGAUCCGGGGACUAUGCGCCCUCCAUCAGGAUCACCUCGGAGCACCGAUCCCUGGGCUCGGCGGAGUCGCGGAGGAGUCCGCUGGGCAACCGCGAUACGAGUCCCCUGCACCACCGAUCCACCAGGGAGGUGAGCAGGGAGCUGUCGCCGCGGAGGAGGCGACUCGAGGAGGAGGACGAGGAGCGUAAGGAUCGGGAGAGCAGUAGGGUAAGACGUGAUAACUUGUUGCCAAAUUAUUUUGCCGAUAAUCGUAGCGAACUAAGUAGCGGGAGUAGUUUAACCGGGUUUAACCACAAAGUAGAUAGACAACUAGAAGAGACGUGCGCCAAGUAUGCGGACGAUGCCCGACGCUCGGCCUGUCGCACACCGCUGAGCCACCCGUACGAGUCCCGCUCGUCAGCCACGACAGCCACACGACCCAGCCAAAACAGCCUCAGCCACAGCUACACAGCCACAGAUCCUGUCCAGAUCCAGGCAGCCGCGGGAUCCGGUUCCACCACCGAUUUGUUCCCCCGGCCAGUGUCUCCCUAUCGCCAGCCCUACGAUCCCUAUAACCGAACCCCCGGACAGGGUGGCACGCCCUAUCAGCCCGCCAAGCUGGAGAUCCGACACACCACCGUCACCUCGACCUUCUACGAUCGCUUCCUCACCGAGAAGCAAAUCGAGCGGCAGACCCACUCCCGUCCGCCAAGCCGUUCGCCGGUGGUUUCGCCCUCGGUACCGGCGAAGAGCUAUGGGGACUUGUGCAGCACCACCACCACCUCAGCCACAUCGAGCACCACCGCUUUUGGCACCGCCGCCACCACCUCCUCCUCCUCCUCCUCAUUCAUGUCGAGCAGUUAUGCCGGCACCUCGUUCUCACUGCCCUCGAGCAGUAACUACUCCUAUUUGAACCCGGCUACGGGUGCUUCACCCCGAGCAAGUUGCUCAGAUCUUCGCUUCACGGCAACCACCACAGCCAUUACCUCCUCCACAGCCACCACCACCUCCACCACAACCACCACAUCAUCCUAUGUGCCCUACAAUUUCAGCAGCUCGUUCACCUCUCGAUUGGGCGAACCCAUUACCACUUGUCCGGCGAGUGGAGUGACCACCACCACCACCAGUUCGCUCACCCAUUCCACAGGGGUCUACAAUCCCAUGAUGUCGUUCACUCUGAGGGAACCGCUGGCCAGCAGUUCCCUGGGUUCCAGCUCAAGUGCCUCCACAUUGCUACCUUUUCAGUUCAACAGAACUUUCACUUCCAACUUUGACAAGGAGCAUAACAAUAAGUAAGGAAGUGGAGGGGGAAGUCACAUCAAUCGUUAACCAAAGGUUGUCCAUAAACAUUAAAACAGACCCCUUAACAAAACAAACAAUUAAACUACAGUACUCGAACAAAUCAAGCUCAAAACUAAUCAUACUGAGAGAAAAAUCAGUCUAAAAACAAAGUCUAUUAGAAUUUAAGAGCGAUAGUGGAAAUUUUAAUUUAUUAAGAUUACUCUUAAAGAAUAAAAGAUCUAAAUUACAUGUUGAACCUAAUGUUCAGAAUUAAUCAGCCCUAAAUUAAUAAUUAUUAAAUUAUGAAUUAUAACUAAACUUAAUGUAUUAUAUUCCCUUAAAAAAUAUUUUCUUGGUUUUAGAUCGAUUUUUAUCUCAGUAAACCUAACACUUGCUAAGCAAUAUAAAUAUAGAAAAUAUUAUAAACAGUUUUAGGCAAAAGUAAACCCAACUACAAACUAUAAAAUUAUGUAUCUCUAUGAAUAUAUAUACAAACCUUGCAAAUCGGAUAUUUACUCUUCAAGCAACUAUGCACCAAACCAUUUUGGCUUCUUGCAACUUACCUCAUCUACAUUUACAGCACCAGCAACUCAACUGAUCAUAACUUAGCAAAGAUUUUUAUACAACAUAUAUAUCUACGUAUAUACAAAGAGUAUAGCUAUUGAAACUGUAACCAAGUGCGAAGAGGGCAAAUGUUAUUCCAUCUUUUUUCAGCGUUAACUAAAGUUUAGCUCUAAUUCCUUUAACCAAAACACUCAAUUAAACUUAAACUUUUCCUUAAUAUUAACUAAUCAAUUUACACAGAUACCCGAAAAAAAAACAAAACAAACACGUUGAAGCGGUGUAAAUCUCUCAGUGCAUUUUUGGGCCGAGUUAGUCGAGGUUGCUAAACUUAAUGAUUAAUCAAAUUACGUUAACUGACUGACACGAGCCGUAAAAUUAGUUUACCAACAUUGUUAAAUAUACACGCAGCCAUAUAUAUGUACCUAUACCAAUUGAACGAUAUAUUAUAUAGGUAUUGUAUUUAAUUACA